GGCAGUACAUGGGAGGAGCCUUAUGCGCAUCAUAGGCUUUGCAUCCGCCAUCUUGCAUCUAAUGUGCAUACUCAUUUCAAAGACAUUCAUUUAAAAAAUCUUUUUGUGUGGACCGCACGGCAACAUCAGAAAAAAAAAAUUGAUGGUGGGCUCAAGAAGAUAGGUGAAAUGAGUAGGGAUGCACGCCAUUUUUUGGCCAACAUUCCUCCAGAAAUGUGGUCGCUGCACCACGAUGGCGGGUACAGAUACGGUACCAUCACUUCAAAUCUAGCUGAGGUUUUCAAUAGCGUCAUGAAAAAUGCUAGAUAUUUGCCCAUUACCGCGUUGGUCCAGGUGUCUUUUUACCGGGUUAAUGCCUACUUUGUGCAUAGGCGUGAAAGCAGUAAAUUGAGGCUCACACAAGGCCACGAGUACUCCCCACACAUCACAGAUUUAAUUGAAAAAAAUAGAGAGAAGGCAAAGCAUCACAUUGUCACUCCAUUUGAUUUAGGGAGAGGUAUAUUUCAGGUGGAAACCGGUUGUGGUGGCCGAACGUUGGGAAAGGGUGGGAGAAAACAAACUGUCCACCUACAACGGAAAACAUGCACUUGUAAAAAGAUGCAGAUAUACAAAAUUCCAUGCUCUCAUGUAUUAGCCGUGUGUAGACAACGUAGUUUGUCUUAUGCUCCUUUUGUGGAUAAGUUCUUCUCAUCUGACCAAUACGCCGCCACAUAUCAUAGGGUGUUCAAACCGAUUCCUGAUCGUGAUUAUUGGCCAAAUUACAAUGGACCCGAAAUCGUGCACGAUCCAUCCAUGCUUCGGGCAAAGGGAAGACCAAAGUCGACCCGUAUUAAGAAUGAGAUGGAUGAAGGUCCACGAGGAACGGUUAGAUGUGGAAAAUGCCACCAAACCGGCCAUAAUAGAGCGACAUGUGCGAAAAGAUCGUCUAGACAAGAGGGGGGGUCCGCCGGGCAUGGAGGUGAUAGCGGAUCCUGGGCCGAGUGAUCGUUCUGUCCUGACAUUGCAGGCCUCACACAGGAGUGAGGAUGUUUGGCUUGGCAUGGAUGUCCAGGUUGAUAGGUGCCGCGAGCACCUGCGGGGUUUGUCCCAUUUACAUGUCGACCCCAGAGUCCUAGCCUAUGUUCGGGCUGCUGGUUUUUUUACACUGCACAGAUUAGUGGCUACUGUGCCUCUUGAUAGAGCCCUUCUCACUGCUCUACUUGAGCGUUGGAGGCAGGAGACACACUCAUUUCACCUCCCUGUUGGUGAGGUGACUGUGACAUUGGGAGAUGUGGCUGUACUCACCGGGUUAGAGGUUCAUGGGAGAGCUGUUACAGGCACUGCUUGUCGACAGUGGGUUGAUGAGUGUGAGCGGUUGUUAGGUAUCCGCCCCGUUCUUAGGACUGACCUUCAGGGGUCAUCUCUUAGGAUGCCGUGGUUGAGGGAGCACUUCCAGGUCCUUCCUCCCGACGCUGAUGAGGUGAUCAUCCAGCAGCAUGCUCGGGCGUAUAUAUUGAUGAUGAUGGGAGCCUCCAUUUUCGCUGACAAGAGCGGAAAUGAGGUUCAGGUGCUACACUUGCCUUUGCUGGAGAGGUUUGAUGUAGCAGCACAGUUCAGCUGGGGUAGUGCCACCCUGGCUUAUCUAUACAGGCAGCUGUGUCGCGGCUGCCAGAGAGGGAGCACAGAGCUGGGGGGAUUUUUGCUACUCCUCCAGAUUUGGUCAUGGGAGUAUAUCCACAUUGGCCGUCCCAUUAUAGUCGGAUAUCAUGGCAUUGAUGGACAGCCACUGCCUGAUGAGCCUCCACGUCUUCUAGGACCACAUCAUGUACGGGGCGAGGACCCUCUAGGCCGUCGGUGGCUAUAUGCUGGUCUAUCUCGCAUGUCAUCCGCUACUGGGCUCGGUGUGUACAGGGAUGCAUUGGAUCGGAUGUCUGAGGACCAGAUCACAUGGAUGCCGUUUAGACCUGAUAUGUUAGCAGAGUUGCCCCCAGCUGGACGAGAGCAUACUCACAUCUAGCGAGCACGUGUCCCGUUGAUAUGUUUUGACAUUGUUGAGCUUCAUUUGCCUGAUAGAGUCAUGCGACAGUUUGGGUUUGAGCAGGUCGUUCCACGUCCUAUCGACACUUAUGUAGAGCUGCAUAAGCUGGAUAGGCGUGGGAAGCAUACAGAGGAUUGGGCACUCAGACAUGUCCGAUACGUGACUAUGUGGGAAAGGAGAGCUGAGCUAGCUGUGGUUGGGACACCCACAUAUGUGCCAUCUGUUUCAGGAGACUACAUGGGAUGGUACUACAACAUCACUCGGUUAUUUGUGUCUCCUUCGUUCAGACUCCCUACUCAUCAUUAUCAGCCUAGCUCCUUGCCUUUGCAUCUUACGACACGAGCUUUGCAGCGCAUACAUCAGCGGGCUACUACCACUGUGACUGAUAUUCCUGAUGUGGACAUGUAUGGACAGGCUCUGACAGGCAUUGCCUCGUUGUGCUCAGAUGUGUUGGGCCGAGUAGACUACGGACAUCUUAUACAAAUGCCCCCAUCUCAGGAGAUGGCAUCCACGUCUAGUGCAGCCGCAGCUUCAUCAUCCCAGACGCAACAUGAGAGAGUGGUUCUUCAACCACGACAACGCCGUAGGCGUAGACAUGAGCAGCAACAUCUCCAUGACGAAGC